CUUCACUUAUAUUUUCCAUAAUGUUCAGACCUUCAGUCGUCUUCUUUAAUAAAGCACCUAGUUAUAAGUAUUUAGUGUCAGUUUUAAUUCUAGGAAACUUGUGGAUGCAGAACCCAACCAUGCUUGAUAAGAAGAGUAACUGGGCUGAUAACGUUCCCCGUAUGUCCCAAAAGAAAUCAAAACGUGAAACUACGGGUUUCCCGGUGAAUUACAACACUGAUAGAAAUGAUACGGGCGACGAAAAAAUUAAGAAAAAUUCUGGGUAUAAUUCUAUAGCGGCUAAGUCCAUAUUUCACUUUCUCACACUGUUCGUACUUGGACUCAUUUUAUGGGGAUUACUAUGGUGCGCAUUUGGUGACAAUUGGCGCUGGGAUGGGCCAUGGUUUCGCUUGGCAGCAGUAGCUGUUGUAGCUUGGAGCAGCGGGCAACUGCUUCACGGUUUCACCACAUUGCCCCCAUUGUUAGCGGCACUACUCACUGGAAUAUUAGCUCGAAACUUCAAUAUUUUAGAUAUGCGGGAUUUCAUAGAGAUCGACGCCUUCCUAAGAAAAGUAUACCCUGUGCUUAUAUUGGGUAAAGCGUCACUUGGAUGGGACGUGAGUUACAUUAGAGAGAACUGGCAGCAAAUUUCAGUCCUAGGUGUUAUACCGUGGGCUGCUGAAGUUGUCACUGUUAUGAUCUGCACCAAUCUACUGUUGGGAUUCCCCUGGAUUUGGGGUCUUCUUUUGGGUUCGUUGUAUGCAUCAGUAUCAUGCGCCAUAGUAAUGCCGUCGGUUUGCCGCAUUAGCGCAAGCAAAAGUGGUGCGCGCAACUGGGCGCAGCUAAUCUGCACUGCUGGCGGUACGGACACGGCGCUGAGUGUCGGUGUCUACGGACUCAUUUACUCGUAUAUAUUCGUUGAAGUUGAUGACACUUACAAAUAUAUAAAAGCAGGGUCAACUUUGUUGGUGGGAGUCACAGUGGGUGUCAUCUGGGGCUCACUUGCAGGGCUUCUACCACAUACACUCGACUUUUACGUCGCAGAGAUGCGGGUGCUCUUCGUUUUACUCGGUGGCCUCUUUGGAAACUUUUUCUCAACACAGAUUGGCUGGGGUGGUGUAGGUGGAGUGGCGGUAUUAGCCUGCAACGCUACAGCAGCAACAUUCUGGAGGAGAGACGGCUGGAAGCUGAACAACAACACUGCAUCAACGGCCUACAGGGUAUUAUAUGCUGCCGCCGAGCCCAUGGUCUUUGCUUACUCCGCCACAUUUAUAGUGUUAAAUUCCGCAACCUGGAACACGUUCUUAUAUGGCCUGGCCAUCUUAGCGAUAUGCCUGUGCGUGAGACUAACCGUAACGGCUCUCGUAUGCUGGGAUAUGACUCUAAAGGAAAGGCUAUUUGUGUGCUGUACAUGGACGCCUAAAUCUAUUGUAGAGGCCGUAUUGUGCCCCGUUGCAACGAACACUCUGCUCAUGAAAAAUAAUCACGAUAAAGAGCAACUCGAGUACGCCGAAGACCUGAUGAGACUCAUCGUGCAAGCCAUCCUCAUCACUACUCCUAUUGGAUUCCUGCUUACCAAUCAUUUAGGCUCUUGGUUAUUGAAAAAAACUGACAAUGAAAGCGAAAUUGAUCCAAGAGCGCCGUGCAGAAAAUCAUUUAAUGAAGGAUCUCAAAUUGAAGAUGUCAAAUUAUAAUAAAUUAUAGUUCACGCCUUGUCGUGUAAUAUUGUUGUAUGAAUGUAGUUUCCUUCUAUUUCUUUCCGUUUUUGUGCCGCAUAAAGUUCUGUAGAAACAGUAAAUACCUAAUUUAAGGAAGACUAUGAGUAAAUAUCAUGAUUUUGAUUGUGGAUGUGUUGAUACAAAACAAAUGACUCGUUAAUAAUUCGUAAAUACAAUGAGUAUUAGUUUAUUCCCAUCUUAUUUACACACCUGCAACUGGAGUCAAAGUCAAAAAAUCAUUUAUUCCAUCAGGUAAAAUAUCAUUUUCAAGCUACGCUCACACACACAUUGAAUCAAAUUUGUAUGGAAUCUACUAGAACCAUGUUUUCUUUCGAUCUUUAUCUAAUACGUAGUCUUUAAUUUUGUGAUAUGGCUUUUCAAUCAAAACAUUAUAAUGUUAGUUUUAAACUUCGGAAAUGAUAAUCUUAAACAUACUGCACCUUACCUUACCUUACUCAGUUCCCCAUAAAAUUAUCAUUUACCUUAAUUAAACGAAAUGAUGGUACCAUGAGCUUGAACUUAGUUCUAAGGUUAAUAUUAUGGACGUCUUCUUUCUUAAUGAAAUUAUGUAUAUCUUUACUGUCGUGCAAAAUAUUUGAGUAAAUCUACGGAUGCCACAGACAUGAUUCGCUUUAACUAAAACUCCUUAGUUUGCAUAACUUGAGUUAAUGGAGGAGGUAUACAACAUAUAUUAAGUAUAGUAUGAUAUACUUUUUAAAUCUGCCCGAUUUAAAUCUGUCACCGAAUUAAAUUCAAAUUAUAAUAUUUUUAAAUGAUAUCGAAUUGAAAUGCAUCUACUUUUAUUAUUGAUUAAAAAUUGCACAAAAAAGGAAACAUUAAUUAAAAACGUGGCGAUGCAAUAAAAACCUGAGCAGGUAUAUAAGCCAUAGAAUGUUAAAUAUUUUUUUAGAGAUUCGCAACUUGCAAAGCACUAUUAACAAUUGAAAUGCAACACAAUGGCACAAGGACAGUCCAAAUGUAGCGAAAGAAGAUUAAAUUUCAACUGGUCAUCGUACUGAUGUUGUUUUUCACAGCUUAAGUAAAGAAAAAAAAUUUAAUUCGCGAAAAAGUACUAAUUCCUUACAAACUGUGCGAAUUUAAUAUUAUUUAC